AUAUCUGCUGUUAGACUUUUAGCAGUGAACUAAAAGCAGAACUAACAUUUGCGGCCAGUAAACUGAAAAACACUGGCGUUUUUAAUUUAUCUGUCAAAGAAUAUAUUAUUAUUAUUGCUCAGUAUGAGUAUAUUGUGAAUAAGAUGCCUUAGAAGAACACAUUACAUUAAUGGCAUUUAGCGUACAGAGCUCAGAUACCAGGAGUAGCCUGGGGUUAGGUACCUUGCUCAAGCCAAGGGCACUUCAACUAUUCCUGCUGGUCCAGGGAAUCGAACCUGUGACCUUUUGGUCACUUUUUGGGAAGUGCAAAUGUUUAGCGUCUUGGAUAUGGGAGCAUCACAGCAGUAGAAGGUGAUCAUGGCAAAAAACAGAACUCUCUCCAACAUGGUGAUUACAUGCGAGUGGGCCUCGUGUACUUUUAAAGGUCAGACUAUGGAGGAACUGAGUGAUCACAUGUCUUUACAUUUGAAGGAGCAUCUUGGGGAUGGGGACACCAUGGAGGAGCUUGAUGAUUAUCAGUGUCUCUGGCAGGGUUGUGAGUUCCUGGCUAUGGGAAGUCCUAAUGAGCUCAUUGCCCAUGCACACUUCCAUAACUUCCACAGCAAACUGAAGUUCAUUGGGACUCAGUUGCUCCAGUCCCAUCCUGAGCUGCCCAGCUGUACUCAGGAUUUGCAUAGUAACAACCUGGUCACAGACAUCUCUGAAGGAUUUGUGUGUCAAUGGGAACACUGUGAUAGUUCGUUUAACAAUCCAGAGUGGUUUUACCGCCAUGUGGACAUGCAUGCACACUGCACCGAGUUACAGCCACUCCCUGAUCAACAGCAGGCUCUCUUCUGCAGCUGGAAAGGCUGUGAUGCCUUCUUUAAGAUCAAGUAUCGGUUGCGUGAGCACCUGCGCAGUCACACACAGGAGCGUCUGGUGGCCUGUCCAACCUGUGGCUGCAUGUUCUCCAGCAACACAAAGUUCUUCGAUCACAUUCAGAGACAGGCUGAGCCAGAAGAUUCUCUUACAUGUGCCCAUUGUGACAAAGGCUUUGCUAAUGAGAGACUGCUGAGAGACCACGUUCGGCAGCAUGUGAAUCACAUAAAGUGCCCACUGUGUGACAUGACCUGUACAUCUCUCUCCACCCUGAAGAUACACAUCAAAUUCCGCCACUGUGACGAGCGCCCGUUCGCCUGCGACUUCUGUGAGAGCAGCUUCAAGAAUCAGCAUGAUUUACGGAAGCAUAUGGAGACCCACAAUGAAGGAGCAGCUUACCACUGCACAGUAGAGGGCUGUGGUUACUCUUCUCGCAUGGCUCACACCAUGAAGCAGCAUUAUAAGAGAGUACACGAGGAAGGGAACACGGUGUCCAGGUAUAAAUGUCAUCUGUGUGACAAGAACUUUUCAUGGUGUUACACCCUGACCCUUCACCUGAGAAAGAAGCAUCAGCUCAAAUGGCCAUCGGGACACUCCCGCUUCAGGUAUAAAGAAGAUGAGGACGGCUACCUGCGCCUGAACAUGGUUCGCUUCGAGACUGUUGAGGUAACAGAAGAGUUGAUAAAGAACAUGGCAGAGAAACGCACUCCUCGCAAGCUUUCAGGCUCUAGUGCUCAGACUAAGAGACCAGCGCUACAAACCGAGAGCAUGAAUGAUGUUCCUACAGCGUCUCCUUACCCCUCUGCUUCAUCCUCCUCCUCCUCCUCCUCUUCAAUGACCAUGCUUGUGAAUGAAGAUGAUGGUGCAGUAAAGGACAGAGCACCAGCGUAUUGUAUACUGAACACGGCGACUGGGGAUCAAGGGAACACUGCAGACUCUGGGACAGAGUCGGGGGCAGUGAGAGCACUGACUGCUGUAGCUCGAGGGCUGGGUAUGGAUGUAGUGUGAGGAGAAAUUCCACACAACACUCCAAACCACCAUUACUGUUGUACUGUAUCUGAUUUGCAUCACACAUGAAGUCAUAGACAAGCAAAGCAAAAAUUCUGGAUUGUUAGCAAGUUAGCAAUUUUAGGGUAAAAUAUUCCCUUUUUAAAUGCUCUUUUGAUAAAUUUGAUUUUAUAAUUGUUUCAGCUUGGAAAUAACCUCUGGUUCUAAUGCUGAUUGUAGAAUUUAGUGUUUACAGUCCAUCCAUCUACAUCAAUUCAUUUUGCAGUUGUUUUAGCUGAUGGCUGAUUUGUUUUUACAGUGUUUGUUAUACUUGUAAAAAAAGAAGUUAGAAAUUUAAGUCAGUUUACAGUUGCUGACUUUCUUUUUGUAGAUGCUACAACAAUUGUUAUCAAUAUUAAUCCAACCAAAAAA